UCAUCAAGUUACACUUCACAUUUCAAAAUAGAAAAAGUUUCAAUUUAUAAUAUAAUAUGGUUUGAAUUUCAAAUUUUGCAAGUGUUUUGCAAUAAUUCUUCUUUCACUUUCUAGUUUAUUGCUAACACUUAACAGUCUAUAAGAUAGCAUUUAAGUAAAGAUUAGAGGACAUUCUGUUUCUGUAUUUCUAUACAUAAUAAUUUGAAAAACAGAACUUUAUCAUUAUAUCACUAAGUGUGUACUAGUCAUGGACAACAUCAAUAAACCUCCUGAAUCAAAUGGCAGAGUGUCUUUCGAUCCUGGUUGGAACGAUCCACCAACUUUCACAUACAACGCGCAACAGCCGACACCAAAUAAACCCCGAUUAAACAAAAGAGUUGCUUUUCCACUAUCAAAUAAUGGCGAUAAUUUGCCCCCAGCUCCUAUGAAAUUACCUCCAAUGCUAUCAGCAUUACCUCCUACUCCAAUAUUGCCACCUCCUGUACAAAAAACUAUAUAUGGAAAUACAGAAGAAAAUAUGCAGGUUGAUAGUGAAAAAACCUUAAAUAAUGUAAAAGAAACAUUGUUAGAUAUUUUAAAUAACAGUACUGAAUUGGGAACUAAAGUAGAGAGUAUAAGAAAGAAAAUAUGUGCCAUGGAAGAUAUGUGGACAAAUGGAAAAAUAAAUGCACAGGUGCAGUUAAAAAUGCAGGAACUAACUCAAGCCCUUAAGGAUGACAACCCUUCCAAAGCUGAUGAGAUCCACAAAGCCUUGAUGGUAGACCAUGUCAGUAUAGUUGGUACUUGGAUGCCGGGUGUGAAACAACUUAUCUAUCACUGCAUAGCCCGAACGGAAUUAUUAGCAAUAGAUAAAGAAUAACUAUUAUAAGCAUAAAUGAUGUAAUAUAUAUUUUUAUCUAUAAUCAUAUUCAUUCAAAACAUAAUAGUGUAUGUAUUAUUGUGCAUAAAAUAAAAAAAUAAUAUAUCCUUAAAAACUGCUGUGUAAAUAAUAAAGAUCUAUAGCAAACUGUA